CUCCCCAGCCUUCCCCGCGAGCGGACGCGCCAGCGCCUCUGUCUCGCUUUUUCUUAUUUUCUCCCCCUUUCCCCCUUCCUUUCCUUUUCUUUUCUUUUUUUCCCCUUCCCCCCCUUCCACCAUUUCCCCUCGGAGGCGCAUCCCCCGGGCAGGGGCAGAGCCGGCCUCACCCCGCGCCUCUCCCCGGCCCCCGCCGCCCUAUGGAGAGAGGGCGCCUCCUCCUCACCCGGGCACCAGCGGCGGCGGCGGCGGCGGUCGGAGGAGCGGGACCGGCGGCGGCGGCGGCGGCGGCCUCGGGCCCAGGGUCAUCAUGGAACUAGUUCGCUGACUGACCCUUCGGCCCGCAGCCGUGCGUCCCGCCCGAGCGCCCGCGCCCGCCGGCCCGGUUCGCCCUCUUCACCCUCCUCGGUCGGCCCGGCCCCCCGGUCCCGCCGCGCGCCCCGCUGCCGCGCGCCGAGGAUCAUGAGGUGGUAACGGGCCCCCGGAUGACCCCGCGUCACCACUGUGAGGCCUACAGUUCUGCCGGGGAGGAGGAGGAGGAAGAAGAGGAGGAGGAGGAGAAGAAGGUAGCUACAUCAAGCUGGUUGGCAGGCAGAUCCAAAGGGAUAUCAUGAAGUUUCCAGGACCUUUGGAAAACCAGAGAUUGUCUUUCCUAUUGGAAAGGGCAAUCUCCAGGGAAGCCCAGAUGUGGAAGGUCAAUGUGCCGAAAAUGCCUACAAAUCAGAAUGUUUCUCCAUCCCAGAGAGAUGAAGUAAUUCAGUGGUUGGCCAAACUCAAAUACCAGUUCAACCUUUACCCAGAAACAUUUGCUCUGGCAAGCAGUCUUUUGGACAGGUUUUUAGCUACGGUCAAAGCCCAUCCAAAAUAUUUGAAUUGUAUUGCAAUCAGCUGUUUUUUUCUAGCUGCUAAAACUGUUGAAGAAGAUGAGAAAAUUCCAGUACUAAAGGUAUUGGCAAGAGACAGUUUCUGUGGCUGUUCCACAUCUGAGAUUUUGAGAAUGGAGAGAAUUAUUCUGGAUAAGUUGAACUGGGAUCUUCACACAGCCACACCAUUGGAUUUUCUUCAUAUUAUGGACAGCUCCCAGUUGAUCCACUGUCGGGAGCUGGCGGCACAUCACCUCUCGGCUCUGCAGUCUUCCCUGCCUCUAAAUUCCGUUUAUGUCUACCGUCCCCUCAAGCACACCCUGGUGACCUGCGACAGAGGAGCGUUCAAAUUACAUCCCUCCUCUGUCGCAGGCCCAGAUUUCUCCAAGGACAACAGCAAGCCAGAAGUGCCAGUCAGAGGUACCGCAGCCUUCUGCCAUCACCUCCCAGCUGCCGGUGGGUGCAAGCAGGCCUCUGCUAAACGCAAGGUGGAGGAGAUGGAAGUGGAUGACUUCUACGAUGGGAUCAAGCGGCUCUACAAUGAAGACACUGCGCCAGAUAACGGGGGCUCUGGGUGUGGCCCUGACUUAGCCAGGCAAGAGGGGCCUGCUUCUCCCUGUCCCCCUUUGCAGCCUGUUUCAGUCAUGUAGUUCCCUUCCAGUGCACAUGGGCUGACUACCCAGAAGUGCGGCUAGAGACCCAGGAAAGGCUGCAGAGAAGGGCGUGUGCUUUAUCAGACUGAAGUGAGCCAGGGCAAAAGAAAACCCCCGUUCCUUUGUGCGGCUACUACAAUUCAACACCCUUUAAUAUAAAGGCCUAUAUUUAUAGACUCAAGAUCCAAAAUAGAUUGAAAAGUAAAGAAAACGUUCUUUGUACUAUGACAGUUCCACUUUUUUCUUUGUUAAAAUAAUAGUUUGUCCCAGGUCCAAAAAAAUAAAAUAAAAAUCCAUGUAAGGGGAAAAGUUGCAAAAUUUAUAGCUAGAGACCUUGUUCCCAGUGUCCUCAUUUUUCUCUCACCUUUUCUUGCCUCUCUGUUGGAUUCUGAAUAAGUUUUGUGCUUGUUGAUGUAUGUGUUCUGACUUCCACUGAAUAGGUAGCCCCCAACUUUUUUUUUUUUUUUUUUACAGCAAAUUAGUUUUGUGUGGCAGCCAUGUUUAAUCCAUGGCUCAAGUUCCUUAGUUUGAAAAGGGCACUCUGAAGCUAUCCCCAUGAAUCAGUGGUAAUGAAAAAGUUCUUUGUGUGUCUCAUUCCAGUUUUUAGUUUAAAAACAAAAUUACUGUCCUUUUGUUUACCUUAAAGCUUAAAAAUGGCAUGUAAUUAGGACAUUUUGAGCAUUUUUGACAUUUGUAUAAAGAAUUUCUUAUAAAGUUAAUAUAUCCGGGUGCUCACCAAAGAAACAUGUAACAUAUACUUAGAUUUUUGUAAAUGAUCUGUUUUCAUUCAUUUAAAAUCACUAGGAGCAACUGUCUAGAUAUUGGGGCAGCCCUGAUUGGAGUCUGUAACUUAUAAUUGAAUUCAGUACCCUAGUUUUAUAUUAAGCUAUUAGGAUUUUCUUGGUAACAAGUUAUUCCCCUUGUUUUUCUGACUUCUGGACCCUGAGCUCCCUUUGCAAUCUGAAGAAGGCACACUGCAGUCAGAACCAUGUACUGGUGAUAAAGCCUCUGGUAGCAAUAAAAUGUUGUCCUUAA